UUGAUGCCCUACCCAAUUAAUUCUGUGAUUGAGUUUUUGCUUUCUUACCGACUAUCAUAAACUAUCAAUCCGUAGUCAUGCCGCCAGUCCCAUUGCCGGAGCACGAAGAAUCGGAUGACGUCGAAUCGCCGUCGCCGCCAUUGCCGGAGCCUUUGGUAACAGUCGGAGGUGUCAACAAAUUUGUUUACUCGGACGAAGAAUCGGAUGACGAGGAAUUGGAUUGGCUGAAACAAAAGGUGAAUGAAGAAGAUGCUGAAUCCAGCGAGUCCGAAGAUAAUUCUUCAGAAUGUGACACGCCGGAACGGGAUGUGGAGAAACUAUGGUAUCGCCCUUACUCUCGUGGUGAUAGAGUCAUUGAUAAAGCUUGCUGGAUAAGGUAUUUUGAACAAAUCCAUGACAGUGAGGGAUUUGACAUCAAAGAUUAUCCUGGUUCGGCUCCAAUGACUUCCAUAUUUCCCAUGCAAGGCUACUUACAACAGCCUGAAUUUAUGGAAAAGAUGAAGGAUUUUGCUAGACGGGCAAUUCAGCACUACAAUGAAAAAAUGGGCACUUCAUAUGUGGUUAAUGAGAUUCUCAAGGUUAAUGGGCAUGUCAUCAAACACUUCAUGUACUAUAUUACCCUUUCAGUCAAGAAUGGCGAGAACGAAUAUUUUCAAGUUAAGGUGGUGGAUCGCCUCCAUCUAUAUAAUUCUUUGGAAUUCCCAAUCGUUAGGCCAAGGGCGAAGGGAGGUUUGGACAUAUAGUAGAUGUGAAGUCGUGUUGGCUCGGGUUCAAGCUUUAGCUUUACAUUUGUCAAUGUUGGACAUUAUUACUAGUAAAUUAGGAAUUGAAAGUGGGUCAUCUAUUCUAGUGUUGCGUAAAAAGUUUGUUAUAAGUUUUGGAAAGAUUGUUCGUUUAAGUUGAAGACAAUAUAAUUGUGUGCUGUUUUAUUAAUUUAUAUUCUAUUGUUUUGGGCCUUG